AUGGAGGAAUCACCAGCUGAUGCACUAUGGGUCAAGAAGGAAGAAAAUAAAAGGAUGAAACAACAGGUGAUCAAAAUAUUCAAAAACAUGCACGAUGAGCAAAUACCACCAGCGAUCAGCAAGAAUAGAUGUCACGAGCGACGAUGCCGAGCACCGACACCCAAGCAACGCAAAUGUCGAUGUAGCACCGGGUUACUGGAAGCCAAAGAUGAAGCUGCGAAGCAGAGCAAGAGAAUACCGUUCCACCGACCGCGUAGCACCGAAGAUCGAGGGAAAGCGAGCGACUGGAGCGCAACAGCGAGCGAUCGAACCGACCGCUCAGAAGCAAGCUAA